CCCUUGUUUUUGAGAGGGUAUACAGUUUUGUAUACAAUUUUGAUGGGUAUACAGUUGUAGGUUGGUAGUUUAUUUUCUGUUCCUUUGGUGAAGGCAUUAUUCUACAUGCAGUCUGUUCCCAGUUUUAUUUAUGCUAAUUUGAAGAAAAUAAAACUUCUCUUUUGGGUACUUUGGAUUUUCUGUCUUGUUACAUCUUCCCUUCUAAGUCUAGAUGGUGAUUACUUUUUGUUUAUCCUAUUGGAUAUACAUGUUUCCUGAUUCUGAAUUUUGUUUUUCAUGAAGUAUCAAAGAUUUUGAGCCCUGUGUUCUUUAAAUAUUGUCUUUCUGAUUUUAUCCAUUUUUGCCUUCUGGGAAUUUAACUGGAUAUAUAUGUAUUUGACUGUUUCCAGAUCACUUACUUUCAUCUUUCAUAGUUUUCAUUUUCUUGUAUCUCUACCAGAACUUCCAGUGUUGGGUAAUUUCAUCAGGCACAUCUUGUUCAUUAAUUUUCUCUUCACCUGUGCCUAGUCUUCUCUUUCAUCCACUCAUUUUAUUUUCUUUUACUUUUAAUGUUUAUAUUUUUAAAUUCUUAAAGUAUCACUUGGUUCUUUUUUAGCUAUACCCAGCCAUUUUGAAUAGUCUCAAGUUGUUGCUUGCUCAUUUUUUUGAAUCUGUAGAUAUUCUGUAGACUGCAUCUGACAAUCCCUGAUGUCCUUAAAGGUCUAGAUUUAUUGCAUGUUUUUCCUAGUGCCUCCCUCAUGGUGGGUUAUCACCUCCCGUGCCUGGAGAUUUUCAGUUAGGAACUCUUAUUUGAUUGUUCUUUCUGUGUGGGAAUCUUGAGAGUCUGAUCUGGGGAUACUUCCUUUUGAUGAGGUUUGUAUUAGCUUUGGCUGGAAGCUUUAUGUGGGACCACUUUUCAGUUCUCUCACUUUGCUCCUGGCACAUGGCUCAGUGUCCUGAUCCCACUACUGCUCUUGGCGUUAUAACUUGUUAUUCUUGGUGGUCAGGUUUAGUUUCUAGCUAGAGGUGGUUACUUUUGGGGGAAAGGGUGGCUUUAAAUGUUUCCUAUUUCUGUGAGCUCAGCAAAAUAUAAAAAUUUUAAAAGUCCAGCAUCCACUUUAUUUUGCAGUGAUUUAUUGCCCCAUUAGUUCAUCAUAACUGAUGGGCUCAGAAGUUCUUUACAUUAAUAGUUAAUUUUUGUAGUAUAUUCAUUUUAGUUUGUAUUGGAAAGAAAUUCUGUCCUAUCAAACAGAAGAUUUCUUGGUGAUAUCAAAUUUUCUAUUAAAACAAAUUCAUGUCUAUGUUAAAAGUUGAGUUAUUCUAAAUAAAAAUACUAAAUAGGCAACAGUACAGUUGGCAAGUGGAUUUGGCAGCAUUUUCUAUUUUGGGGAAUGUGAAUUAAAAUUUUGGGAAACACUGAGGUAGGGAAUCAAGGUGAGUAGGGCACAGUGUACCCUCUGGACCCAUGUCCAACCUACAGAAAUAAACCUGUAAUGACCAAACAGUAUGAAAACUGCUGUCAAAAUAUAUGAGCAGGGUCCUCUGGGCUUACAGAGAAGAGGUGCAAAAAAUAAACUUGGUGGUAGUGAGACAUUCAGGAAAUGCUUCCUGGACUGGUAGGCAUUCUGGUUGCAGAAUAAGGGUUGUUUAGGAAUGACAAAUGGUUGAGUAUGAUUAGCUUCUACAUUGUGUGUCAUGGAGUGACCAGAGAAAAACAGGAACAGGACCACGAAAGGCCUUCUAUGCUAUCUAGGGAGUUUGGACUUUAUUCUAAAGAUGAAGAGAAGCUAUUGAAUUAUUCUAAGCAGCAACAGUUAUGAUUAGAGUUUUAGAGGAUGCCAAGAUUGAAGGCAAGUCACCAGUUAGGAACUGUUAGAGUAGUUCAGGGGAGAAAAGUUGAAACUGUAGCUAAGGCAGUGGCACUGGACAUGAAGAAGUGUAUGUGUGCUAAUUUUGGAUUUCCUAGAAGAGUCGAAGUGACAGGACUUUGUGGUCAGUUGAAUAGGAAUUUUAAAGGAGGCUGGGGAGUCUAGAUUGACCUCCAGAUUUCUGGUUUGGAUAACCAAGUGGCCUGUAGAGCAAUUAACUGGUAACAUACAGAAAGAGGAAAGAACUUGGUUUCAUUUGUUCUUGAGGAAAAAGAUAAGUUUGUUUUUUAAUUUACUGAAUCUGAGAGGCUUGUGGGACAUCUUGGUUAAGAUCUAGUGGCAGUUGACAGGGAGAGUCUAGAAGUCAUGAGAUGCAGCCCAGCCUGGAGAGAUCUGAGAGUCUUCAGCAUUUGGACAUUUCAGCCGUUGUUUGCUGCAGUGCAGUAUGAGAUAAUUUAAAGUGGUGCAUAGAUAAACGCUUAAAACGUUUUUUAAUAGUAAGAAAUUUAACAUAUCUGAAAAACAUAAGUUGUACUUCAAACCUAUGAUAUCAUGGCUUUUACCGCUUAGGCCAAGUGAGCCCAAUAAAAGAGAAAUAUUAAGUAAAUAAAAUACAUGUGAUCUGUGGAAAUGGCAAAAAUUGUGGUGAAGCUGUGCAAACAAUGGAAGUUCAGAAAGUGCUGUUGUAAGCUGUGGGUGUGGUGGGUAAGGUCACCCAAGGAGAGAGUAAGCGUGAGAAGAGAAGAGAGUUGACACUUGGGUGGCGGGGAAUGGAGAAGAAGAGCCCAUGGAGACUGAGGAAGAGCAGCCAGAAGAAUAGGAGGAGAACCAGGAGAAGAUGGUCUUUGGAGUCCAGAUGAAGAGUUCUGAGAAGGAGGAAGUGGUCAACAGCGUCAAGUAAGUUGUAAGCUGAAAAGUGCUCUUUGGACUUAGCAAUUAAGGUAGACCAUUUAGGUGGAAGCAUCCAAACAGUGGAUUAAAAAAGUGCUCCUCUAAUAUUAAUGUUAGCUGCUAUUUGUAGCAUUUCCUGGAUGCCAUGUGCUAUAAAAAGCACCGUGUUAACUGAUAAACCAGGUAGGUAGCAUUGCUGUUCUCAUUUGAUAUGUGAGGAAACUAAGGCACAGAGAGGUUAAGUAACUUGUCCAAGAUCACACUCAGGAAAUGGGAGAGCCUGGAUUCAAGCCCAGGCAGUCUGGUUCCAGAGUCCACGCUCUUAACCACUAUGCCACAUCGCCUCUCUGGUUAAACAGAAUAGAAAAUAAAAAUAACACCAGUGUCGUAAUUACGGCACAGCUGGUAUCCUCCGUGGUAUCGGUGAGAUAUGCCAACCAGUGAAUGACCAGCAUGGUGUCACAGUGGCUCAGUCUGCCAGGUAUGAGCACGUUGACUGUAUUGUAACUGAUACCAUGAUGGUGAUGUGUGGGCUGUGACAGACAGUUCUUGGCUCUUUCUGUAUUUAUAUACAAAAAACAUUUGUAAGACAAAUGAGUUUAAAAGGGUAUAUGUUUUUAGAAUAGCAUAUGUCCCAUAUUAUGUGCCAUACUUUGAGUGCUAAAAUGUCUUUUAAUUUUUUCCACUCAAUUGUUUACUUUUGGAGUUAAAUUAUCUAAAUUCUGAAAAUAUUGUUCAGCCAGAACAGGUCAGGUUCCAGACACUAUAGAUACCCAGUCUACUGUAAAAGGUCACUAAUGACUUUUUUGAAGCAGCUUUCCUUGAACGGUAGAAGUGGAAACCCAAUAUUAGGAAGCUGAAAAUGAACGGGAAUGGUAAUGGAGGAUAUGAAUGGGAGAAAGAGGAAGAAUUCUCAGUGAGGUUGAAGAAUGUCUAUGGUAGGAGGUAGGGGAGAUGUGAGGCAUAAUGACUCUUGGCUGUAGUCAGAGGGCAGCUAAUCAGGGGUAAAGGCUUAAAAACUGGUUUAGAUCUGGGCAGUGAUCCAAGGUGUGGCCUUAGGAAGAGUCUAGGUAGGUGGGCUGUGAGGUUCAUUUUAGUUGAGGAGGCAGUUGCACUGCAAGGCGAGGGUCUUGAAGGGGUCGUGCACGUGGACGUGCAUGAUGUGGCUGGGAUGAUGAGAGAAUUUGGAGGAGAGAGGCGAACACUGAACUAGUCGCCAGUGUUCUUAAACGUGACAACAGCAGAGGUAACUAGAUGGCAAAAAGGAAAGCACAUAGUGAAAUACAGUAUUUGAGAGGAGGGACUAUAAAUCAGGAGACCUAGGUUUAAAUCCUUCUUAGCUUAGUGACCUUGAGCGAAUUAUGUAAUUUUGCUAUAACUGUUUCCCAUCUGCACAGUGGAGAUGAUGAUAAUUGGACCUGCAAAGACUUGCUGUGACGAUUAGUGAGGCGGUGCACGUGAAACGCCUGGUACAGUAUGUGACAAAAUAGUGUCAACGGUUUGCUAGGAAGGUUGUUACUGUUCUUCACUUCUGAUACUGUGAGGUUGGCAUACAGCAAAUUGGACAUAAUGAGAAGGGUUAAUUAAAGAAGCAGAUUUGUACUCCAGGGACUGUGGUGGUCUUGCUUGUAAGAAAGAAAUUUGGUUUAUCCUAAUAAUAGUGGGAUAAUAGUAGUGAAGUGAAAAGGUAUUAAAAAAUGAUGUUAGUGAUGGUGCUGGUGAUGAUCAAAAAGAAAGCUAUUACUUGGGCAAGAGUUAGAAGUAAUCAGAUGCUCCAGCUUUCAGUGAUAUUUAGGUUUCGUGGCUAUUCUCUGAUAGCUAUACAUAUUUUUUUUAUUGAACUUUCUUCAGGAAAAAAAUCCUUAGCCCAAAACUCCAGGCCUAAUUCCCCCUUUCCCCUACUGUAAUAAUUACUUUUAAAAUGGGGUUGUUGGUAACUUGAGGGUUUUGGCCCACCGAUGCAGUCAAGCAGUGCUGACCGCCCGUGUGUGGUAGUAGCUGUGAGAGCGUCAAGAGCAGCAGUUACGAGGAGGAUGGAAGGUCUGGAUGCGGCUUGAGGAGUUAGGAGAGUGACAUGCUCACCCUGUACCACUUCAGCUCUGCCCCUCUGCCCAGCUCAGAAACACACACUGAGGACGGAUAGGAGAAUAUGAGCAGCUGGUGGGAAAUCAUUUUCUCAGUGGAGUCAGGGUUUAGUUCUGGCCAGGUUGAGAACGUGGCAGUUGUAUAUGAUGAGAUGGCGUGUUUCACAGGAUGUAGUGAAAGCAGGUGGGGUAGAAGGGCAGCGGUGGAAAGAUGUCUUUUGUUCAUUCAGCAAACCCUUGUUUGAGGGCUUAGCAUGUGCUAGGCACAUACAGAGAUGAAUAAGGUGCCUAUAAUUAUCUUUCCUUGAAAGGAGACAUGUAAACAGUUAAAUUCAGAGUAGGGGUGGUGACUCUUUGUACCUAAGGAAAAGAAGAAAUAGAUUGAACUGCUAUUUGAAGAGAGGCAAGGGGAAAGAAUAGCAAAUGAAGAUGAGAAUCUUCCAGAAGUGUGUUCUUAUUGGAGUUAUCUCCUUGGGACAUAAGUUCCAAGUAUUUUUAUAAUGCACCAUAGAAGCUAGGAAAACUGCUCAUGUCAUCUCACAUGAUUCAGUUACUGAUUUAGGGUUGUGUUAUGUCCUUAGGGUGGUGCACCAUGGACGAUUUUGCCCUGAGAGAUUUCACUGUAGCAGAUUAUGCCUUGUUAGAAGAUUGCCCUUAUGUGGAUGAUGGUGGCUUUGCUCCUGAACAUACGUCCAGUGAUUAUGUUCGUGUGACUCAGCUUUACUGUGAUGGGGUGGGCAGACAGUAUAAAGAUUAUACCCAAAGUGAGAAAAACUUAGAAUUUGACAUCUGCACAAUGUGGUGUAGUAAACCUAUUUCUGUCCUACAAGAUUACUGUGAUGCCAUUAAAAUACAUGUCUUCUGGCCACUUCUGUUUCAACGUCAGCACAGUUCUGUAAUAUCACGGUUGCACCCGUGUGUGGAGGCCAAUUCUCAUGCUUCUGAGAUAAGUUUGAAGAAAUUACAACAUCUUGAAUUGAUGGAAGAUAUUGUGGAUUUGGCAAAGAAAGUUGUGAAUGAUUCAUUCUUUAUUGGAGGCUUAUUGAGAAUUGGUUAUAAAAUAGAAAAUAAAAUCUUAGCAAUGGAAGAAGCUUUGAAUUGGGUGAAAUACACAGGCGAUGUAACAAUUCUACCUAAAUUAGGAGCAGUUGACAAUUGUUGGCCUAUGUUAAGUAUUUUCUUUACUGAAUAUAAGUAUCACAUAACUAAAGUUGUAACAGAAAACUGCAAUUUGCUUGAAGAAUUUAAAACCCAAAAUUGUGCAGAGUGUGUAGAGCAAGGAGAACUAAUGAAAAUGAAAGGAAAUGAAGAGUUUUCCAAAGAAAGAUUUGAUAUAGCUAUUAUCUAUUACACCAGAGCCAUUGAAUGUAGACCUGAAAAUCACCUUCUUUAUGGUAACCGAGCUCUUUGUUUUCUGCGCACUGGACAGUUUAGAAAUGCACUUGGUGAUGGAAAGAGAGCUAUUAUUCUGAAGAACAAUUGGACAAAGGGUCAUUAUCGUUAUUGUGCUGCUCUUUCUAUGCUGGGGGAGUAUGACUGGGCCCUGCAAGCAAACAUAAAAGCUCAAAAACUCUGUAAAAAUGACCCUGAGGGAAUCAAGGAUCUAAUUCAGCAGCAUGUAAAGUUACAAAAACAAAUAGAAGACCUGCAAGGUCGAACACCAACUAGGAAUCCAAUUAAAGCCUUUUACGAAAGCAGGGCCUGCAUACCUAGUUUAUCAGCACCUGCAUUUAGUACGUCGCUUAACUUUGUGGAGACUGAAAAAUAUUCCAGAAAAACUAACCACGAAAUGGCAAACGGUGGUAAUCAGAAUCUAAAGGCGGCAGACGAAGCUUUGAAGGUAGAUGAUUGUGACUGUCAUCCUGAAUUUCUACCGCCAUCAAGCCAGCCUCCAAAAUAUAAAGGAAAACAAAAAUCCCGAAACAAUGAAUUGGAGAAGUUCAGUUCUGGUUCACAAGGGAGUUUACCAGUAGAUUUGAAAAACAUCUUAGAGAAACAGUUUUCUAAGUCUUCGAGAGCUGCACACCAGGAUUUUGCCAAUAUAAUGAAAAUGCUCAGAAGCCUGAUCCAGGAUGGUUACACAGCUUUGUUGGAGCAGCGCUGCCGCAGUGCCGCUCAGGCCUUCACAGAGCUGCUCAACGGUUUAGAUCCUCAAAAAAUAAAGCAAUUGAACCUGGCCAUGAUUAACUACGUGUUAGUAGUCUAUGGACUUGCCAUUUCUCUCCUUGGGAUUGGACAGCCUGAGGAAUUAUCUGAAGCUGAAAACCAGUUUAAGAGGAUGAUUGAACACUACCCCAAUGAGGGACUCGAUUGCUUGGCCUACUGUGGAAUUGGAAAAGUGUAUUUAAAAAAAAACAGAUUUCUGGAAGCUCUUAAUCAUUUCGAGAAAGCAAGAACCUUGAUUUGUCGUCUUCCUGGAGUGUUAACUUGGCCUACAAGUAAUGUGGUUAUUGAAGAGACUCAGCCAGGGAAAAUAAAGAUGCUGUUAGAGAAAUUUAUUGAAGAAUGCAGGUUCCCUCCAGUGCCAGAUGCCAUCUGUUGCUAUCAGAAGUGCCAUGGAUAUUCCAAAGUCCAGAUAUACAUAACUGAUCCAGACUUCAAGGGUUUUAUACGAAUCAGCUGUUGCCAGUACUGUAAAAUAGAAUUUCAUAUGAACUGUUGGAAGAAGUUAAAAACAACAACCUUUAAUGAUAAAAUUGACAAGGAUUUUCUUCAAGGAAUUUGUCUAACUCCUGACUGCGAAGGAAUCAUUUCUAAGAUUAUCAUCUUCAGCAGUGGUGGUCAAGUUAAAUGUGAAUUUGAACACAAGGUCAUUAAAGAAAAGGUUCCUCCAAGACCUAUUCUGAAACAGAAGUGUUCUAGCCUAGAGAAGCUAAGACUGAAAGAAGACAAAAAAUUGAAGAGAAAGAUCCAAAAAAAAGAAGCAAAAAAAUUAGCGCAAGAAAGAAUGGAAGAGGACUUAAGGGAAAGUAAUCCACCCAAACCUGAGGAGCAGAAAGAAACUGUAGACAAUGUUCAGAGUUGCCAGUUCCUUGAUGACAGAAUUCUGCAGUGCAUAAAGCAGUAUGCUGACAAGAUUAAAUCCGGCGUUCUGAAUACUUCCAAGCUCCUCAAAGAGUUGCUUUCUUGGAAGGUUUUAACCACAGAAGACUACACAACCUGUUUUUCUAGCAGAAAUUUUCUGAAUGAAGCAGUAGACUAUGUCAUUCGUCACUUGAUUCAAGAGAAGAACAGAGUAAAGACAAGGGUAUUUCUGCAUGUUUUGAGUGAGCUUAAAGAAGUGGAGCCGAAGCUGGCCACCUGGAUCCAGAAACUCGACGGCUUUGGCUUAGAUGCCACAGGACCUUUUUUUUCUCGUUAUGGGGCCUCUCUUAAGGAGCUUGAUUUUAGCAUCAUGACUUUUCUCUGGAAUGAGAAAUAUGGUCAUAAACUAGGCUCUAUAGAAGGAAAGAAGCUUGAUUAUUUCUGUGAGCCAACGUCACUGAAGGAAGCGCGAUGUUUAAUAUGGCUGUUGGAGGAACACAGAGACAAGUUCCCAGUGCUGCAUAAUGCCUUGGACGAAUUCUUUGAUAUAAUGGACAGCCGCUGCACCGUAUUGAGGAAACAGGACAGUGGUGACAUGCCAUUUAACUCUACCAAGAUAAAAAACAAAGGCAAGAAAAAGAAGCCAAAAGAUUCAAAGCCUAUGUUAGUUGGAUCUGGAACAACUUCAGUAACAGCAAAUAAUGAGACUGUCACUUCCGGUGAAGACCAUAACAAACGCAAUUCAAAUUCUGCAGGCCCGUUUGUAGUGCCUGACCAUCUUCGGCAAGAUGUAGAAGAAUUUGAAGCUCUGUAUGAACAGCAUAGUAGUAAUGAAUAUGUUGUUCGUAAUAAGAAGCUGUGGGACAUUAACCCAAAACAAAAAUGUUCAACUCUUUAUGAUUAUUUCUCUCAGUUGCUGGAGGAACAUGGUCCCUUGGACAUGAGUAAUAAGAUGUUUUCUGAAGAAUAUGAGUUCUUCCCAGAAGAAACUCGACAGAUACUAGAAAAAGCAGGAGGUUUGAAAUCUUUUCUCCUGGGAUGUCCUCGUUUUGUUGUGAUUGACAACUGUAUUGCAUUGAAGAAAGUUGCGUUACGGCUUAAGAAAAAGAGAAAGAAGAAAAACAUUAAGACAAAAGUUGAAGAAAUUUCAAGAACAGGAGAGUAUUUACGAGUUAAGUUACCACUGAAUCCAACCGCUAGGGAAUUUAAACCAGAUGUAAAAUCCAAACCAGUGUCUGAUUUAUCUUCAGCACCAGCUUCUGAGGAUGUAAAGCCCAAACCUACAUCUACUAAUUCUCCACAACCAGCUUGUGAAGCUGUAAAGCCGAAACCGAUUUCUGAUAAUUCUUCCAGAUCAGUUUCUGAUGAUGAGAAACCCAACGGGGUUUCUUCAGAAUCUCCCAAACUAGUCUCUGAGGAGGCAAGUCACAAACAGGUCUCCUGUAAUUCUCCCAAACCAGUUCCUGAGGAUAUGAAACCAACCUAUUGGACUCAACCCCAUUUGGUCACAGGAUACUGUACAUAUCUUCCCUUUCGGGGAUUUGACAUUACCCAGACACCACCAGCGUUUAUAAACGUGUUACCAAGUUUGCCCCAGUACAGCAUCUAUACCCCUCUGGCCAACAUUCCUUCUGAAUAUCAGCUGCAGAGAUCAGUACCAGUGGUGACAUCUUUUGUAGCCAGCGACAUAGCAGAUGUGCAUUUUGAGGGUCAGCAUUUCAGUUCUGAGAAUGCCCCUGGUAACCAGAUUGCCUCUGAAACACAGAUCUGCCAGGACUCUUUGGAAAUACCAGUUAAGUCACCGUGCAUCACUGAUGAUGCUAACACAGCCCAGAGUGAGUCUAGCAGAAGUGAUGGUCAUUGUGGAAAUUCUGCCAAGUGGGAAGUAAAUCUGGAAAGCACCAAUGAAGUAACAGAUACUCCACGUACACAAAUGGUUGCCAUACAGGUGUCUUGGAAUACAACACAUCAGGAAGUCAAUACUGAGCCAUAUGAUCCUUUUGAGGCACAACAGGGGGAUAUUUCACAGAUUGAAAAGGAGUACCAGGUUUUACAAGAGCAGCUUAAGGUAGCUCGUGAAAAUUAUGAGCAGAGAAAUAACGAGGGCUCAGAAGAGACCAGGGACUUGGAAGAAAAGUUGAAAAGGAACAUAGAAGAAAACAAGAUCUCAAAGACAGAAUUAGACUGGUUCCUUGAAGAUUUGGAAAAGGAAAUUAAAAAAUGGCAACAGGAGAAAAAAGAAAUCCAAGAAAGGACAAAAGCACUGAAGAAGAAAAUGAAAAAGGUCUUAAAUGCCAGUGAAAUGUACACCCUAGAAAAUGAUGGAAAGGAAAAGGAACUUGAAUUACUUCUGGAUCUGUCCCUCGAAAUCAGUAAUACAUUUACAAAUGAGAAAAUGAAAAUAGAAGAGUGUAUAAAGAAAGGGAAAGAAGAUUAUGAGGAGAGUCUUCGAAGGGCUGUGGAUGCAGAGGUGUCUGUGCUUGAAAACUGGAAGGAGACGGAAGUGUGGAAGUUACAGACCAUGGAGUCACAAGCCGAGGGCUUCCUUAAGAAGCUGAAGCUACUGGGCAGUGAUUCUACAACAUAUCCUGAUGUGGAGUCUGAUACACAUUCAUGGGAAUCAUUUGUUUCUGAUGUUAGAAAAGAAAUGGAGAAAGCAGAGUCUCAGUAUGAAGAACAAAUUCAAGCAAUUAAAAACGGUUCUCGGCUCAGUGAACUUUCUAAAGUACAGAUUUCUGACCUUUCGUUUCCUGCCUGUAACACAAUUCACCCGGAGUUACUUCCUGAGUCUUCAGACCUUGAUGCUCAUGACCCCUCCACUUCUACAAGUCACGGGGCUGGAAACCGAACAGCAGUUCCCAAGGACUUGACUCUGGUCUCUGCCGCUGAGGGCCUGGUGGAGUUGCCCUCCUGUGAGCCAGAAGUCGCCCUCCUGCCAGAGUGUGAGAGCUCUGGCCAGGCAGCUCAGUCAAAACAAAGCCUUGAGGCUGAUCAGAAAUUACCUGUUGCUCCAGGACGUGCCGCUCGUUCAAGCCAGUCUCCAAAAAAGCCAUUCAAUAGUAUUAUCGAGCACCUGUCAGUGGUAUUCCCAUAUUACAGCAGCACUGAGCUUGCUGGUUUUAUUAAAAAAGUGAGAAACAAAAACAAGAACUCGCUCUCUGGAUUGAGUAUUGACGAAAUUGUCCAAAGAGUGGCAGAACACAUUCUAGAUGAAGAGAAGAAGAAAAAGCCAAAUCCAGGAAAGGACAAGCAGCCAUCUGAGCUCUGCUCUGCUGCUUCUGUGACCACGGCCACCCAGGACCCGCCCUCCCCGGCUGCUGGAGCGUCACCCCAGACCCGGGGGCAGGAGACGGAAGGUGUCCCUGUGUCCGGUGCAAAUUCCUGUGAAAUAUGCCACGAAGUAUUCAAAUCCAAAAACGUGCGUGUGCUGGAAUGUGGGCACAAGUGUCACAAAGGGUGCUUCAAGCAGUGGCUUAAGGGGCAGAGUACUUGCCCGGCCUGCCUGGACCGUGAUCUCCUGUCAGAAGAGUAGCCCGCCCUCUGGAGGAGGCCCACCUGCUGUCCUAGGUAGUUACAGCUCACUAAGGAGUGGGUACUGGUUUGUUGGGUUGGAAGAAUAACCAUACACUACCCUUGGUAUAAGGACAAACAUUUGAGGAUUCUUUGCACUGUGUGUCACAGUGCUAGUAGAUGAAAUCUUUAAUAUAGUUGAGAGUAAGAAAUCUCCCAGCUCUGAUUAAACCCUUCAGUGACAGCCCAGGGGUGACUGGUAGAGUUACACAUCACCACGCCCUCCCAUUGCUGGGCUGCGGAGGAGCUCUGUGGGCUGGAAGGAAAGCAUGGUGAGUGCCUCAAAGCAAGACUUGAAUUAUAAGUAUUCUCGACUUACUAAAGUGCCCCAGGUUAACAUUUUUAUGAGACAGUAUUCCUGAACAUAGACUACAUUUUCCCUCAGAGAUUCUGCAUUUUAAAAAGUGGGCUUAAGCAAACUGCAUUUUAGUAAGUUGUAGUUAAUGUCAAAAUACUGGCUUAGACCAAAAGAUUCAAAUCUCUUCUUCACUUGACUUUGAUUUUUCAAUUUGUUGUUUUACUUCUCCGCAGCAGAUUUGUAAGUGCUUAUUUUUCAUCUUCUAAAGACAUAGUGGCUUUGGCAAAUAGCAUUAGCCAAGACUUUUUCUUAACUCCUAAAAUCAAGGCUGCAUAUUCAUCAGCCCAAUCCCACGUUUGGAACUUAUUCUUUGAACACCUAACUGUUCUCAUUAGUGACGUUUGUCCCUCUUUAUAAGUUACACAAGUGUUUGGAUGUCUGGCGAGCACACAGGUCACCAUCUUUCCCUUCCCUUAUCCACCACCAAGAAGAGACACCUGUGUGACUAGACAGGCCCAACAUGUCCCUGUACAGUCGUUCCGCGUUUAAAUCUGUGUAAAGUGAUGCAUGCGCUCUCGUGCUGUGACCUGAGAGCACAACUGUGACUCAUUAGAGACUUAGAAACAUAUUCUCCUUAGUGACCUGUAGGCAGUAGUAAACGUAGAAACAUGAGCUCUGGACACAUUCCAUUUCUCUCAAACAGGAAGGAUCAACAAAUGUUUCUCAGUGUGUUCUUUGUUCCCCCCAGAAGCUCUCAGUCCCAAGUUCAUGAGCUGAUUUGGUCGCUUUCCUCUGCUUUGGUUCCCCGUGAGUUUUGAUGUCUUGGUGACUUGGUCCAUAGUUCACUCUGUAUUUUGAAUCAGGUCCCUAAAACAUUGUCUGCAUGUUCAUAAUAACUGCGAACUGUAACUAGUAAGAUACAUAGGGAGGGGUUUGCUGCAGCAGGUACAGAGGGAGAGGAGCAGCUGCAGGGUGAGCACGUGUUCUGUGCAUAACUUCAGGCACAUCCUUGUGAACGCACCUUCCACAUGUCACGUCUGAAUAAAGAGCAUUCUGAACUAACGUCA